GGGCCGGGGUUCCGGAGAUAGAUCUUGUUUUUUGCUCAUUUCAUUACAACAAGAGUGUGUGCUGCAUUUAUAAAUUGUCAAGUUGCUGCAAGAAUGAUUACAGAUACUAAAUUAUUUGUUCAAAUUCUAAUUACACUGUGUAAUCCCACUACAACAUUAUAUAUUUAUAUAACAACAAUUGAAAAGGAGAGACACAUGAUAAAUGAUAAACUCUUUGUAAUAAGAUAUACAUCUGAUUCUUACAAGAUGGCCUUUAUUGCACAUGGACAGGAUGAUUACCUAUUAUAAAAGCAUGAAACUUUAAGAAAAUGGUACCUUUAUUCAUGGUGUGAGAGAAUCUUUCACCACGCCAACACAGAAAUAACCAGAAAUUUACCAAGAAUGCCAUUCUUGCAGCUCCAUAAAUACUCACUCGAAAGUCGAAUAUAUAUCAAACUAUAACUCUUUUACCAAUUAUUAUUAUGAUGGCUUCUUUCUUGAAUUAUAUCGUCGUCUUCUUCUUCUUCGCCAUCCUCGUUGCUUCUACAAGCGCUCAAAAUGUCCCGACGCUCCCCAUCCGAAAAGACCCGAAAACUCGACAAUUCUACACCACAAUACACAUGGGCAGCAAUCGAGCCGCCAUAAACACCGUCAUCGACCUCGGUGGGCCCUUUUUAUGGUUCUCGUGCAACGACUACUCGUCAACCACCUAUGCCCCGAUUCCAUGCGGGUCCCGCAAAUGCCAGCUGGCGAAAGGAUCCGGCUGCGUCGGGUGCAAUUUACCAAAACGCCCCGGGUGCACCAACGACACGUGUGGGGCGACGCCUUACAACCCUUUCAUGAACUUGCUCUUCGCGCAGGGGUUUAACGAGGACUCAUUUUACGGGAGCAAAGAUGGAGCCGGGCCGGCGGCGGUGGUUCCGCGGUUCCUGUUUUCUUGUAUGGAUAAGGAUUCGUUGGAGGGGCUGGCGAGUGGGGCCACCGGCAUGUUGGGGCUCUCCAGGAGUGAAAUCUCUUUUCACAAACAGUUGGUGGGCGUCUCUAAAUUGCCUCAUAAAUUCUCCAUUUGCUUUCCUUCUUCUUCUUCAGGGAUUGGGAAGUUAUUAGUCGGCGGCGGCGGCGGCGUAUACAACAACAUAUUAUUGAAGUCGACGCCGCUGAUUGUGAACCCUGUGAGUACGUAUCCGAUUUACUCAGAAGGCGAUGCGUCGGAAGAGUACUUCAUCGGAGUUGAAUCGAUCAGGGUCGCCGGAGAAACAAUCUCCGUCAAGGAAUCACAUUUCACAAUCGACAAAAAGGGAGACGGCGGUACGAAGAUCAGCACCGUACAGAACUUCACCGCGCUGCAUAACUCCAUCUACAAGCCGUUCGCCAGGGCGUUCGUGAAGGCGGCGGCGGAUUUGGGGAUCAAGAGCGUGGCGGCCGUGCCGCCGUUCCGGGCAUGUUUCAGAUCGGACACGAUUACCAGGUCGCCGGAGAUUGAUUUGGUGUUUCCCGGAAAGGAUGUGUACUGGAGUAUUGGUGGAGCAAAUUCGAUGGUUGAGAUUGAUCGGAAAACCAGCUGUCUUGCAUUUGUGGACGGUGGAUCGAAUCCAAGGAGCUCGAUCGUGAUCGGAGGGCAUCAAAUGGAGGAGAAUUUGUUGGAGUUCGAUCUGCUGAAUUCUCAGCUUCGAUUCAGUUCUUCCCUUCUUGUCCAGAACAAGAGUUGUUCCAGCCUCUAAGUUUUUAUUUUUAAUUUAGCAUAAUUUAAGGAUGACGUGGAAUAUCUGUCUUUGCAUAAUUUGUCCACAAAUAAUCGAUUCGGCUGGAUUAUAGCCCAACUAUAAAUGUUUGAAAUUUUAAUGGGUUGUUUGA